CGGCGCUGGAGGAAAAGGUUGCAUCACAAAGAAGCCGUUUCAUCUUCGAUCUCCGGCAAGAUAAGGACGUUCAUUAAAUAUUGGUAGACAUGGCGGUGAAAGUCGCACAUCGCAAGAAGAUGAUCCAUAUUACUCUCAUUGCAGCACUUUUUUCCAUCGUCGACUCCGCGCCUGGUGGGGAGCUGUACGCGACGGGCCAGUCCAUGGAAUUAUGGGUUAACAAAAUAGGCCCGUACAGUUCCCCGACUGAGAGCUACGGAUUCUUUGAUAAAUUGUCGUGGUGUCGACCAGCGAUACUAGAGCAUCGCAGCCUUAAACUUGGUGAGACACUGGCAGGGGAUCAUUUUGUCAAGUCUACGUACAACAUUUCGUUCCGAGAUCCGCUGGAAUCGACGGAAUUGUGUGAGAAGUCGUUCACAGCUGCAGAGAUCUCCGCGUUUAUUCGUGCAGUGCGCAAGCGAUUCGUGUAUGACCUCCUCCUUGACAACCUUCCCAUGAAACUAUUUGUUGGAGAACUGAGCGACGACGAACAAGCCCCAAAGGCAUACUUAUACACGAAUAUUCAAUUCACAAUCAGCGUUAACGGAGGUCAUGUGGUAGAGGCGUCGGCAACUCCUGGACAGCCAAUUGAGCUUAAAGAAGGCACCCCUGCCAAAGUCUUGUUUUCCUAUGCUGUGGACUGGAAAGAGACGGAGUUUCCUUUUGAGCGUAGAGGCGAGAAGUACAAAGAUCCUUUUCACGUGAGGGACAAGGAAAUACAUUGGUUUAGUGUUGGAAAUGCACUCCUUAGCGUAUUGCUCCUCAUGGGGUUACUAGGAUCUAUUCUCAUGCGCGUCAUUCGCAAGGAUUUCAGAGAGUACGAGGCCCUAGAAGCAGACGACGAGUCUGAUGAUUUCGGCUGGAAGCUAUUGUAUGGGGACGUAUUUCGUUUUCCACAGGGGCUUUGCUUGCUGUGUCCGUUUCUUGGUACUGGAGUGCAGCUGCUUAUUCUAUCUGCCAUUUUGUUAAUGUUUGGUGCACUGGAGUUUUUCCACCCACUAUCGAGGGGGACCAUUUAUACUACAGCCGUACUAUGUUACGCAGCGACAGCAUGGAUUGCCGGAUUCACCUCUGGGUAUAUGUACAAGCAAAUGGGGGGAGGCGCGUGGGUGCGAAAUGCAUUUGUCACUGUGUUUGUAUUCUGCGGGCCAGCCGCAUUGAUCCAUAUGUAUUUGAACUCUGUGGCUUUUCUAUAUAGCUCAACAAGGGCGCUACCCUUGUGGAGUGUUGCAUCAAUAUCACUACUUUGGGCAGUCGUGACAAUUCCUCUCACCGUGUUUGGGGCUAUCUUAGGGAAGAAUCAGAGUCGUCCAUAUGAUGCUCCUGGGAGGACGACUAAGAUACCUCGUGAAAUUCCCUCUAGCCCAUGGUACCGGAGGCCUUGGUUUCUCGCGAUUGCCUGUGGACUGAUGCCUUUCAGCUCAAUAUAUGUGGAGAUUUACUUCAUCUUCGGAGCGGCCUGGGGGCACAAGAUAUUCCAGGUCUACGAGAUGCUGGCCAUUGUGUUUGUCAUACUAAUGUUGGUUACAACAAUCACGACGGUAUCUGCUGUGUACUUUCAACUCGUUGCUGAAAACUACAAGUGGGCUUGGGCGAGCCUCGGAUAUGGAGGUAGUGUUGGCGCGUAUGUUUUCGCGUAUAGCGCGUUCUACUACUACUUAAGAUCACCACUGGAAGGGUUCAUGCAGGGAAGCUUCUUCUUUGGUUGCAUGUUGCUGGUGAGCUAUGCAUUUUUCUUGAUGUGCGGUACAGUUGGCUUUUUCUCGGCCCGGCGAUUUGUGCGGUUUUUGUAUUCGUCGGUGAAGAGCGACUAGACAGGCCAUGUUGAAAUGCAACCAAAGAAGGGCCAUACGAAAUUGCAGGUCUUCCCUUCUCCAAAUGUCAAGCAAUGUCGAAGCUGAACAUGCUUCGUAUGUGCAGGAACGCAGAAGUGCUGGCUUCUGCGAGACGGCUCAAGGGAAGAUGCGAAUCGGGAACUGCAUCACUGCAAGCAAUAUAAGAAUUCAGCUCAGUGCCAUAGAGAUGGAGCAUACGCAGGCAUAUGUGCACCAGGUGGUCC